AUGGUUACUGAAUCUGGAUACGCUCGGCUUCUCCUCUUCGCGGCGGCGCUCACCGCCGCCGGCGCCGCUGCUUGCUCCCUUCCCACCGCCAAUCUCCCGCUGCCGCGCCGAGAUGCCCAUCGUCUGUCCCAACAGCGCCUGCGCGGCCUGUCUCGCCUCGCUCGACCCACCCGCGCCCGACGCUCGCUUCUAAAGCUCGACGCCGCCACCGGCGGCGCCGCCGACGCCGGCUCGAAAACGACCGGCGCAAGCGCUGCAAAACCCGUCGUUUUGGAAGGAUCGCAAUGCGCCGGUUACGUGAAUCUGCUCUUAUCCCCCCGUUGCAAGGAGGCAGUGCGCGCGCUGGUGCAGCUGCAGGAGGCGUGGGGCGCGUGGGCGGGCAACAGCAACGCCACCACGGCGUGCUCUGCGUGGGCUGGCGUCACCUGCAGCCCCAACGGGCUCGUCCUUGCCCUGGAUGCAAAGCAAUUCUCUGAAGUGGAUCCUCCCCCCAGUGGCACCAUACCCGCCUCCAUCACUAGUCUUGCCACUCUGCAAUACCUCGAUCUGACGUACAUUGACCUGGUGGGGUCCAUUCCAUCCCUUGCCAGUCUCACCCGCCUCACCCACCUAGCUAUUGGAGUGGCGGGCAGCAGGCUGACUGGCACAUUGGACGGACUGGCCUGGCUCUCCUCCCUCACCAACCUGCAAUCGCUGUACGCUCUACCAGCACGACACCCUGCAAACACUUACUUGGAGGCAUUCACAGGGGACUUGUCCUCCCUGCACAUCGUUUCUCACAUGAGGAACCUUCAGCAACUGACACUCGCUUCGCUCACCAAUGCCACAGGGGAGAUACCCAGAGAGAUCCGAUACUUGACUGCCCUCACCUCACUGGACUUAUCCUUCCUUCGUGCCCUGGAGUUUCCCGAUUGGGUCACCCACCUCUCCAACCUUGAGUACCUGAAUGUGGAGACGGAUGAUCCGCGCCGACAGGGGGUGGUGAUAGACGCCUUCUCUGAGCUCACAGCACUCACCAGCCUGACCUUCAGCGGAAACAACCUGGAGGGCUACCUACCCAAGAGCUGGUCCGCUCUGGUCAAUCUGCAGGAGCUUCUCACCUCAGGCCUUCACGUGGUGGCUCAGAUGACAUGGCUCGCAAACAUACUCCUUGACAGCAACGACUUUUCUGGUGUGCUUCCAGCGUCCUUCACAGCCAUCAAGAGCCUCGCAUUUCUGCUUUUAAAUAACAACCACUUCACUGGAACCUUCCCCCAUUCUAUUCUGUUCCACACGAGCCUUCUACAACUGGACCUGAGCAACAACAGUUUCACCGGUUCUAUCCCUCACGAAUUGACCAACCUUGUUAACCUGCAAAACAUUAACCUCAAUGACAACAAUUUUCGUGGAGCUAUCCCUUCUGGCCUGUUUCAGCUAUCCACGCUGUCCUCACUGCAAGUAUCUAACAACUUCCUUUCGGGUGGCCUCCCACGGACUCUCAACGCCCAUUCUUCUCUCCACACGCUCUUUCAUCCCCCCGAAUUUUUUCAUUCGCUCCCAUUGCACCGUGCAGCAACCUGCAGGAAAUGGCUUCACGGGCUCCUUGCCAAACUUCUCUCGCUGGAAAGUCAGCUGUGCACAGAUAGAUCUCAGCAACAACAACUUCACGGGGUCUAUUCCCGUCUCCAUCUCCACCCUUACCACUCUCGAUGCCAUGUGAGCCUUCUUGGAUCACAACGUGCCCUUCAGCACAAAAGCAUCAUAUUAUUGUCUUCUGAGCACAGCCGGUUGUUGUGUCCAAAUUCCAUCUUAUGGCAUGGUGUGUGUGGUGCUGCUGCUGGCAGCAUGGUGAGCAACAACUACCUGUACGGGCCGCUUCCGGACUGCCUCUUUGACAAGUGUAUCAACCAAAUCGAUGUGAGUGGCAACAGCCUGUACGGGCGCAUAAACCGCAACUUCAAGAGCAUGGUGGCGGAUAGCGAUGCGCUCAUCAACUUGGCUCACAACUUCUUCUUCGGCGAUGCGCUGCUCCUCGCUGCCGGCUGCCAGGUCUGCCCCACUCAGAUCACCGAGCCCAACAACCUGGGCAUGGGGGACACCUUUGAUGUGCUGGCCGGAAAGUGCACCACUGCUGCAGCCACGGGUCUGCGAGAUAUCUCUGUGGCGGGGGCAGGCAAGGAGGCGAGGGUGGGUGUGGCGGGCAACUGCCUGACGCUCAGUGCGGACGCGGAGUGCUCGGCCAACGCCACCCAGCGCAGCACGGCAGCCUGCCAGGCGUUCUGCAGCAUCACGGACAACGGCCCGUGUGACGGCCAUGGGGAGUGCGUGCCGCCUGCCCCCGCCUCCCCCUCCAACUUCACCUGCCUCUGCCAUGCCGGCUACUCUGCCCUCGACUUGGGCAACGGCUCCACCUGCGCCGUGGUCAACUCCACCUCCACCACUGUGUCCUCGCUCUCCACGGGCGCCAUAGUGGGCAUUGCGCUGCUAACUGGCUCCAGACCGAUUCGCUACGAGUCGCACAUCAGAAACUGGGCAAUGCAGAAGAUGGAGGCAUACGCGUUGGACGAGCUCAAGGACAGCAAGCUGGAAGCAAGCGAGGAGGCCACAGUGGCCUUUGCCGACCUCGCUCUGGACUGCGUCAAGAUGCCGGGCACACGGCGGCCCGACAUGAAGGCUGUGGCUCACAGCCUCAGCACUCUCAUUGACAAGUUCUGUCCGGACAAGGAGCCGUGCGAAUUCGUGGAAAACCUGUCAUUCCCAGGGAGCGAAUCGGCACAGACCAGGGCUCUCUCAAGGAGAUCUCCAGCGUCCAGUAGCAUCAAUAACAGUCUAAUGAUUACCAAUCACGCAAAAUUAAUUCCCGGUCCCAUGCAUGCAGCAGCUCUCAGCAUCAAUGUGCCCACCUUCUGCGCUCCGCCUGCCCCCCCUGCUCCCCCCAGCGAUGUGAGUGGCAACAGCCUGUACGGGCGCAUAAACCGCAACUUCAAGAGCAUGGUGGCGGAUAGCGAUGCGCUCAUCAACUUGGCUCACAACUUCUUCUUCGGCGAUGCGCUGCUCCUCGCUGCCGGCUGCCAGGUCUGCCCCACUCAGAUCACCGAGCCCAACAACCUGGGCAUGGGGGACACCUUUGAUGUGCUGGCCGGAAAGUGCACCACUGCUGCAGCCACGGGUCUGCGAGAUAUCUCUGUGGCGGGGGCAGGCAAGGAGGCGAGGGUGGGUGUGGCGGGCAACUGCCUGACGCUCAGUGCGGACGCGGAGUGCUCGGCCAACGCCACCCAGCGCAGCACGGCAGCCUGCCAGGCGUUCUGCAGCAUCACGGACAACGGCCCGUGUGACGGCCAUGGGGAGUGCGUGCCGCCUGCCCCCGCCUCCCCCUCCAACUUCACCUGCCUCUGCCAUGCCGGCUACUCUGCCCUCGACUUGGGCAACGGCUCCACCUGCGCCGUGGUCAACUCCACCUCCACCACUGUGUCCUCGCUCUCCACGGGCGCCAUAGUGGGCAUUGCGGUGGGCUGCUUUGCUGGCUUCGUUCUGCUCGCUGCUGUCCUCACAUGGCUGCUCCGGCCCCGCGGACCAAAGAAGUGGCAGGGGUUGGAAGUGUGUGAGCAGUACACGCUGCAGCAGGUGGCGAAGGCCACAAACAACUGGUCGGAGGAGAACGAGCUGGGAAGCGGCGGCUUCGGCGUGGUGUACAAGGGAUACUCGCCACAGGGGCAGCUGUGGGCCAUCAAGCGAUCCACUGUCAUGACCAACGACUUUGAAUUGGAGGUGCGGGCCAUGGCGACGCUCCACCAUGUGAAUCUGGUGCGGUUGCUGGGCUUCUGUGUGGAUCAGAAUGUGGAGACGGGCAAGCAGGAACAGAUUCUGGUGUACGAGUAUGUGGGUAACAAAGACUUGGAGCACCACAUCUACAAGGCCAGAUACCCUCUUUCGCUGCGGCAGCGGCUGCGGCUGGCGCAAGGAGCAGCGGAGGGGCUGGCAUACCUGCAUGGGUUUGCGACGCCCAUCAUCCACCGCGACAUCAAGCCCGCCAACAUCCUUGUGACUGCCGACAUGCAAGCCAAGGUGGCUGACUUUGGGCUGCUCAAGCGCCUCACCCACGGGGAGGGGGAUGCGACCAAAGUGGCCGGGACUCCCGGCUAUGUGGACCCUGAUUACAACCGCACAAACGUGCUCACCACCAAGUGUGAUGUCUUCAGCUUUGGCAUUGUGCUUCUGGAGCUGCUAACUGGCUCCAGACCGAUUCGCUACGAGUCGCACAUCAGAAACUGGGCAAUGCAGAAGAUGGAGGCAUACGCGUUGGACGAGCUCAAGGACAGCAAGCUGGAAGCAAGCGAGGAGGCCACAGUGGCCUUUGCCGACCUCGCUCUGGACUGCGUCAAGAUGCCGGGCACACGGCGGCCCGACAUGAAGGCUGUGGCUCACAGCCUCAGCACUCUCAUUGACAAGUUCUGUCCGGACAAGGAGCCGUGCGAAUUCGUGGAAAACCUGUCAUUCCCAGGGAGCGAAUCGGCACAGACCAGGGCUCUCUCAAGGAGAUCUCCAGCGUCCAGUAGCAUCAAUAACAGUGGUGGAUCCUCCAGUGGCCUUGGAACCACGUUCCGUGGUCUCAGCAGCUGGGCGCAGUUUCGACUCUCUGGAAGGUACUAA